GUGUUACAUUCCUAGAAAUCACACACACACACACACACACACACACACGAGCUGCCACUCACUGACCGUGUUUCUCUGCAUUGUAGCGGCGCGGAACGGCGAGAGGCGGGGUCGUGAGGGCGGUGCAAAGGAGACAGAAAAAGGCAGAGAUGGAGAGAGAGAGAGAGAGAGAGAGACGGUCCCCGGUUUGAAAGCCGGUAAUUAGUGACGUGCCUUCCCAUCGAGGAGCGCAGUCGCUGCUGGGAGAGCAGCCCGGUGGCGGAUGAACAGGGGCUCCGUCAACGCACCGGGGCGAUGAGGAGAGGAGUGGACGGACGACAGAAAGCCUUCUGCCGCAGAGGAAACCCAGAUUAGGCUGAUCUGACAAAAAAAAACACACACACACAACAACAACAACAACAACAGCGCAGCUCUACCGGCAUCCCCCGGUGCGUGCAGCACCGCGUCACCUGCAUCCCUGCGACUCCCACCACCACCUCGACCACCCAGGCAGGUUGUGUGCGGUGACUCGGUGAUGUAGGGUGGAGCUGGACGCGCGGACAAACCGGGCAGGAUAACAUCUUGGUGUUGGAGUGAUCUCCGUCAUCACCGGGUCGGUCCCCCCCCCUCCUCCUCUCUUCCUCGUCCCCCCCUCCCCUGUUUAGAGCGCAGAAGUGCUGCCUCAUUUUCCAGCUUUCUGUCUUUUGCGCUAUUCCAGCGGAUGAGCGAGCCCCGGGGAAAGCGGCACACCUGUGACCGGAGGGGGGGUCGGAUUCUCCCCGGCUGGUGACCUCCUGCUCCGGGGGACACAUCCUCCCACCAUCCGGCGUCAGGUCCUCUCCUCCAGCAGCAGACUGUGAGCGACGGAGCCCACCGAUGCGUCCGGCAGCCCCUGAUGCUCGGCAGUGCUCCGGGGCUUUCCGGUCGGUGGGAGAGGCUCGAGCCGCGGCCGCGCGCUAGGAUGCUGCGCCAGGUGUUGCACGCGGGCCUGAGGACCUCCUUCCACGCGCUGGGCCGGUUCGUCGCGAGCCACCCGGUGUUCUUCGCCUCGGCGCCCGUGCUCCUCUCCAUCCUACUCGGGGCCAGCUUCAGCCGGUACCGCGUGGAGGACGACGUGGAGAGCCUGCUCGCGCCAAAGCACAGCCUGGCCAAGAUAGAGGGCAACCUGGUGGACAGCCUGUUCCCCGUGAACCGCUCCAAGCACGCGCUCUACUCCGACCUGCAAACACCGGGCCGGUACGGGCGCGUGAUCGUCACCACCAGAAAGGGGAGCGUGCUGGACCCGGUUCACCUGGACACCAUACUAAAGCUCCACAGGCGGAUCUACCAGAUGCAGGUGACGGUCCCGGCCACAGGCUUCAACAGCUUCAACUACUCCUUCUCCUACCUCUGUCUCCCCGACGACAAGAACGUGUGCAUCAUUGAUGACAUCAUCCGCGCCAUGGAGGAGAUCCAGUCGGCCCGCACCUCGAACCGCUCCAUCCCGACCCUGCGGUACCCGAUCACGCAGCUGGCGGACGGACGGCAGGCGUACAUCGGCCACCAGCUGGGUGGCGUGCAGGGUUGGGGUCCAAGCGGGGCGGUACGUGGUCCGGGUACAGGAGCCAGGGGAGAAGGUGUACGUUCAGCCAGGGCGUUGCAGCUCACCUACUACCUCCAAGCCCGCGGCGGCCUGAUGGACCGGGUGGCCAGCCAAUGGGAAAAGGCCUUCUGUGCUGAGUUGCAGCACUUUGCAGCGUUGCACCCAAAGCUGGGGUUGUACCCCUCCACUUCCUCUUCCCUGAGGACGGACUUCCAGUUCUCUUCGGUGCUGGCACGCCGCCCCUUGUUGGCCAGUUUGGGGGUGUGUGGUGUGCUGGCCGUCCUCUGCUGCUCUAUGAGGGACUGUGUGAGGUCUAAACCCUGGUUGGGGCUGCUUGCUCUGCUGUCAAUCACACUGUCAGGCCUCACUGCUGCUGGGAUACUAAACCUGACCGGGGCCACCUACAACUCUACGUACCUGGGCAUCCCUUUCGUCAUGCUUGGUCACGGUCUCUUCGGCUCCUUCGAGAUGCUGUCAUCGUGGAGGCGAACCCGGGAGGACCAGCACGUGAAGGAGCGCGUGGCGAGCGUCUUCGAGGACGUCAUGCUGCGUUUCUCCGGCUCCACCAUGCUGCAUCUGAUGACCCUGGGCUUGGCCGCCUCGCCGCUCACCAACAUGGAGGCGGUCCGGCUGUUCUGCCGCACCGCUGCCUUGGCCGUCACCAUCAGUUAUGUUUACAUGUUGUCCUUCUACAGUUCCUGCCUGGUGUUCACUGGAUACUUAGAGACCGGGUACAGGCAUGGCUGCUUCUGCCGGCGAGUCCCCAAACCGGACCGGCUGGACUCUAAACCGGCCUGGUACAGGUGUCUGAUGUACACCCGCUACCAGGAUGAGACUCAAACAACCAACCCGCCGCAUGCGGUCGGUCACAGUCACCCACACACGCCAAACCCCAAUCUAACGCACACACACGCGCACACGCACCCGCAUACGGCGAACAACCCCGCCGCGCACGGACACGGCCUCGUGGCCAACUCCACGCAUCCGCACCCACACACACAUACCACAGCCAACACGACGGACCUUCACCCUCAGGACUCGCACCUUUUGCUGGGGUGUGUGAGGCGUUGCUACGGGGACUGGAUCACUAACACAUAUGUCAAACCCUUUGUGGUUCUGCUGUAUCUGGUUUACAUCUCCUUUGGAUUGAUGGGCUUCCUGCAGGUGACCCAGGGUUCAGACCCCAGUGCACUGGUUGCCAUGGAUACAGCGACAGUAUUGUACACCCGUGCCCAGCAGCGGUACUUCAGCUCGUACUCCCCCGUCAUUGGAUUUUACAUCUAUGAAAGCGCCCCCUACUGGAACGCCUCGGUCCAGCGGGACCUGUUGGAAUACGCCAAAGGCUUCCAGCGAAUCAGCUGGCUGGAAGCUUACCUGAACUACCUGUCGGAUCGCAACCAGUCCACCAGCCAGCCGCGGGAAAACUUCACCCGCACGCUCCGCCACUCCUUCCUCCGCGAGCCGCAGUUCGCCCACUUCGCCGACGACAUCAUAUUCGCGGAGCGCGGUCAGGGCGAGGAGCCCGAUGUGGCGGCGUCUCGAAUCUUCCUGGUGGCCAAGACGACGGAGAACAAGCGCGAGGAGAUGUCAGUGCUGCUGGACACGCUGCGACGCCUGUCGCUGACCUCGCGAGUCCGCUUCCUAAUCUUCAACCCCUCCUUCGUCUACCUGGACCGCUACGCCGCGGCGGUCAGCUCCCCCCUCAGACACUCACUGCUGGCGGUGCUAUUCCUGUUGGGUCUGUCCUCGCUGGCCGUCGUGGAGCCGCUGGUCUCCGUGUGGCUGGGCCUCACCCUGCUCUCCGUUCAGUUCGGGGUGCUGGGCUUCAUGACCUUAUGGGGCGUGGAGCUGGACUGCAUGUCUGUGCUGUGUCUGAUCUCAGCCUUGGGGCACUCGGCAGACUGCAGCGGCCCCCUCCUCUGCGGUUUCGCCUCGGGUCGGGGCGAUAGCAGGACUCGCUGGGUGAGAGUGGCGCUGGAGAGACACGGGGUUCCCUCCCUACAGACGCUCAUCUGCUACAGCGCCGCUCUGGUGCCCGUCGGCUCUGUACGCUCCAACCUCACGCGCACACUGUUUCGCUGCCUCACCCUCACGGCCGGCUGCUCGGCCCUGCACACGCUUGCGUUCCUGCCCACCCUCCUCACCUUCCUGCCUCCGUCCAAGAGCCGGGGACGGCCUGAAGGUGAGGGGCAGCGGCAGGAGGUGGAGUGCGUUGAAAUGAACGACAGCACUCGAGUGGUCGACCAGAUCACCACUGUCUGAGCAUGGGAUGAAGAUGUUGUUUUUCUUUUUUCCUUUUCUUUUUUUUUUUGUCUUUUUGCUUUUUGGUGGGGUGGGGCCCUGGUUGCUAUGGUGACUGCCGGCUGGGAAUUAGUUCAUUGUAGUCGCUGUGCAUCCUGCAGAAAGAAAGGGAGAGUGUCACUGAGAGGAAGAUAGGAAGAGAAACGGAGGGUCAAGAGGAAACGGGUUCAAACAAAUAAAGGAGAGUCGGACGCUAGUGAAGACGAGAAGAGGUUUCCAAUGCAGUGUAUCCAUGGUUACCUGCUUGUUACUAGUGCUGUGUGGCAUGUGAAUGAGCUCUUUCCCAAACCAGCCAAUCAGGAGUUGAGGAUCAGCCCCCCCCAGGAUGUGACGUAGGAGAGGAAGUGCCACAUUUUUUCACGUCACCAAAACUUGCUUUUUAGACCUGAUCACGUUGUUUGGCUACCGCUAUCUGUUCGCCAUAUCAAGUUGCACAAAUACAGCUACAAUGACAUGAGGCAAUCAUCUGUAUGACUCGAGUAUUUCUACUUUAAUGCUGGACAAAUAAAGUCAAAUCAAGAAAAAAA